UCCAUCACAGCCCCAAUGCCCCCAGCAUCCUCCCCAACAUCCUUGGGAAAAUUGGACAGACACCUCUGGUUCGUCUGAACAAAAUCCCAAAGGAGUUUGGACUCAAGUGUGAUGUUUUGGCCAAGUGCGAGUUCUUCAAUGCAGGAGGCAGUGUGAAAGACAGGAUCGGCCUGCGGAUGGUGGAAGAUGCUGAGAGAGUCGGGAUUCUCAAACCAGGAGACACAAUCAUCGAGCCCACCUCUGGCAACACAGGUAUCAGCCUCGCCCUGAUAGCUGCAGUGAAAGGCUACCGCUGCAUUAUCACCAUGCCUGAGAAGAUGAGCAUGGAGAAGGUGGACGUGUUGAGAGCUCUUGGGGCAGAAAUAGUGCGCACACCUACUUCUGCAGCUUUCGAUUCACCAGAAUCUCACAUAGGUGCGGCUUGGCGUCUAAAGAAUGAGAUCCCCAACUCGCACAUCCUCGACCAGUAUCGUAAUGCCAGCAACCCUCUGGCUCACUAUGAUACCACAGCUGAGGAGAUACUGGAGCAGUGUGAUGGUAAAUUGGACAUGUUUGUGGCUGGAGCCGGCACAGGUGGUACACUUACUGGUGUUGCUCGAAAGUUGAAGGAGAGGUGCCCCAAUAUCAAGAUAGUCGCUGUGGACCCUGAGGGCUCCGUUCUGGUUGAAUCAAAAGAGGAGAACAAACAGAAAACUUCUUUUGAAGUGGAGGGCAUCGGAUAUGACUUUAUCCCCACAGUGUUGGACAGAUCUCUUGUUGACAUGUGGUAUAAAUCAAGUGACAUGGAGACGUUCACCAUGUCACGUAAGCUGAUCAGAGAGGAGGGUCUUCUGUGCGGCGGCAGCUCUGGCUCAGCCAUGGCAGCAGCAAUGAAGAUGGCUCGGCAGCUGGAGGAGGGGCAGCGCUGUGUUGUUAUCCUGGCCGACUCCGUCCGAAACUACAUAUCAAAGUUCCUGAGUGACAAGUGGAUGUGUGAGAAGGGCUUCCUCAACCUGGAGGCUCCGAUGGACCCCAAACCCUGGUGGUGGAACAUGACUGUUCAGUGUCUGAAGCUGCCGGCCCCCCUCACUGUGUUACCAUCUGUGUCCUGCCAGAAAACCAUUAGGAUCCUAAAGGAGAAAGCUUUCGACCAGGCCCCAGUCGUUGAUGAAUCAGGUGUGAUCCUGGGGAUGGUGACUCUGGGAACCAUUCUGUCGUCUGUGUCGGCUGGAAAGGUCAAACCCUCAGAUGCUGUCAUCAAGGUGCUCUGCAAGCAUUUCAACCAGGUGCACCUUACAGACAACCUGGGGAAUCUCUCCCGUGUCCUUGAAACAGAUCACUUUGCCCUGGUUGUGCAUGAUCACACCCAGUAUAAGGCUGAUGGGUCAGCUUGCCAGAGGAGGAUGGUGUUUGGCGUUGUGACAACGACUGACCUCCUCAACUACAUCACCACAGAUGAGAGGCUUGAUCGCUUGUCCUCUGAGUGCUCGCUGUCGGACAAAAUGUCUCUGUCACCAAUUUCUGUGUAAGAUGUGGAUAAUGUCACCUCCUUACCAAGAGGCAGCGCAUGAGCACCCACGGUUUUAAACUAAAUCAUGUUUCUUUUCAGUGUCUCUAAGGGUCUACAUCUUUGGCUCCACAUAAGGAAAUAGGCUGUGUGUACUAUUGAUAUAUAACAUUCUGAAAUCAAACUUAAAGGAUAAAUUUGGAAAUGUUUUAUAUUUAAUCUCAUUGUCAGCAAAUCCCUUGAAAAGAAAAAACUAGUCAUUUGUAAGUAGCAUUUUAAAGACUUUUAAAAACA